GUCUUCUACCUCUUCUGCAAAUUCGUUAGUCACUCCUGCAGAGAUGGCUCCUUCGGCAACAUCAGAGAUCGUGGUACCGCGAGUGGGGGUGGCGAAAGAGGCACAGGUUGAAAAGCACAUCCAUGGGGCUGAGGAGAAGACUCCGCUGGAAGCAAUCAGUCACGGUCCCAUAGUCCAGGCUGGCAUUCCGGAAUUUUCGACUCAUGAGGAACAUCGAAAGCACAUUUUGAUUCAUACCGCGGCGGUAUUCCGAGACUUCUCUCGGAAAGGCUUCACAGAAGGCCAGUCCGGUCACAUCUCCGUGCGAGAUCCUGAGUUUGAGCACUAUAUUUGGAUGAAUCCUCUUGGAAAACAUUUCGGUCUCAUGACAGCUGGGGAUUUGAUCUGUCUUGAUGUCAACACCGGCAAAGUGGUGGGAGGAAACAAGUCCAAACCUGCAAAUGCUGCAGGCUUCUUGAUACACUCUGAAAUCCACAAAGCUCGUCCCGACGUUCACGCAGUCUGCCACGCUCACACCGAUGCAGGCCGAACUUGGUCGGUGUUUGCAAAGGGAUUGGAUAUGCUGAACCAGGAUAUUUGCCUUCUUCACAACUCCAUUGCUGUUUACAAUUCUUACGGCGGUAUCGUGUUCGCUGCUGAGGAAGGGAGAAAUAUCGCUCAAGCGUUGGGUCCGAAAAAUAAGACUGCAAUCCUUCUCAACCACGGCCUCCUGUCUACAGGUAGUACCGUCGACGAAGCUGGCUUCCUCUUCGGGCUCUUGGAUCGAGGGUGUGCCAUUCAAUUGACCGUCGAGGCAGCUCGUGCAGGGAAUCCUGCGCUGGUAAAGCACAUCGUUACAGAUGAAGAGGCUGCAUACAACUUCAAGAUGAGCAGCGAGAAGAACAUACUCUAUCGUGAAGCGCAACCGGACCUGGACUACGAGUUUGCAAUGGCUGGACCAGGGGUUAUUGAGCGCGGAGUUGAGAACAUGAAGAUUGAUCAUGGAGAGUAAAGUCCUUUUCUUACCGCUGUAAAUGAAACCUCAAUUUAGCAUUGGUCUCCUCGGGAGCCUGAAGUUGAAGGGUUUUAGACUUCUUGGAGCUCAGCUUUGAGCAAGAGAUGGUAGAGCUGCGAGGAAGGCAAGAUUUCUCGUCUCCUGACAUGCGUGGAAACUCUCCCAAAAUAUUCACCCCUUUCCCUCAAACAAACAAGAACCCCAAACCAC